UGUAAACACACCCGCUGCCAGGCGUGUGGGGGCGGCGCGGGGCGCAAAGACUGGAGAAGAGGAGGGAAAGUAGGAGAAAAAGAAGGAAAAGUCGGAGAUGAAGGAAGAAGCGGAAGAGGCUGCAUGUGGAUAAAAUAUUGAAGAAAAGUAAAAGAAAUCGAAGACUACACACAUUAUUAUUAUUGACAUCCACGGAAGGGCAGCAAAGGAACUCUGAAAAACUGUUCAAACUUUAGCCAGUCUGACCACCACCACCACCACCACCAUGGACAAAGAGAAAGAGACAAAGACAGAGGUGGACAGGUUCAAGGAUGUCUUCAAGUACUACAAGAGGAGACAACCGCCACCAGACCUGAGUCAGGCCAUUGAUGUCGACUCAUUAAGUGAGGUCACAGUGUUGCCAGCUCCCACAGUGUCAGAGGAGGACCAGCGGGCAGCACAGGUGUCAGGACUCACGCCCCCACACACCUGGGCCAUCCACUCCCUCGUUAGGCACCCAGGCCUGUUAGUGGUACGGAACCCCUUCACCCGCGCCGGGCAGUUGGCGUGGGCACGACGUUGCCUGUGUGAGCUGCCCUGUGCCACCAACAAGACCAACCUGGCCUCACACGGCAUACACCUCACCCCCGACAGGACCUGGUGGAGCCUCUGUCACACGAGUGAGGGCCGCAGGGGUGGGUUGAGGCACAAGCUGCGUUGGGUCACUCUCGGCUACCACCACAACUGGGACACCAAGGCAAGUGGAGUGUAGCAUUAUUUUCACCUCAUCC